AUGUCAGAGAUAUACAACAAUACCAUCCAGAACAAUAACAACAAACAACCUCAAAUCUCCGAAAUGUUUCAGAAAUUCGCCUUAGCUUUCAAAACCAAAACCUUCGAAUUCUUCGCCGACGAAAACCUCGAAGAUUCCGACGGUUUCUCUCUCCUCGACUCCGCCGAAGAAAUCAUCACCGAUCAAAAAGUUGUCGUGAUCAAACCCGAUCCAAAUCCACUUUCUUCUCCUCCGAAGUCACCUUCACCGUCGCCGUCACCAUCGCCAUCACCACUGACACCGUCGCCGUCACCUUCGAACGCACCGAUACAAAUAGUGUUAAAUGAAACGACGUCGCACGAUCUAAUCUCUUCGAUCUUCGCUGCGGUUUCGGCUUUUGAAGCUUCUUACUUUCAAUUACAAAGCGCGCAUGUUCCUUUUAUUGAAGAGAAUGUGAAAACCGCUGAUAAAGUACUCGUUUCUCAUCUUCAGAGACUCUCUGAAUGUAAGAAAUUUUACUGUAACCCUAAUUUGUACACCAAUUUUCCGUUUGGUUCUUCGUUGGAGGCUGAAGUGGAAGAGAAUCAGAGUAAGUUGAGAACACUUGGUACUGUUUCGAAUCGGUUGCAGUUGGAACUUGAGCAGAAGCAUGAUGAGGUUUUUUCGCUUAGGAGAAAGCUUAGUGAGAUUCAAAAGGGUAAUGUGAGCUUAUCUAAGAAGCUUUGUAGUAGUAACGUUAAUAGUGGUUUGAAAUUGAGUUUGAGUUUGAAGCCUAGUUGUGAUGUUUUGUUGAGUGUUAGGGUUUUUGAUUCGUUGUUGCAUGAUGCUUCUAGAGCGGCCCAUAAGUUUACUAAGAUUUUGAUUGGUUUGAUGAGGAAAGCUGGGUGGGAUUUAGGUUUAGCUGCGAAAGCAGUUCAUCCGGGUGUUGUGUAUUCGAAAAAGGGGCAUAAUCAAUAUGCGCUUUUGUCUUAUGUUUGUUUAGGGAUGUUUCAAGGUUUUGAUUCGGUUUGUUUUGGAUUGAGUUCGGAGAGAAAAGAGGAAGAGGAAGAAUCGAUGUCGAAUGGAGAAUUCUGUGAUUUGGAUUUGAAAGGGAGAGAUAGAUGUUUGAAGCAAUUGUUGGAGCAUGUUUCUAGCAAUCCAAUGGAGUUGCUUGGUAUUCAUCCGGGUUGCGAGUUUUCAAGGUUUUGUGAAAUGAAGUACGAGAAGCUUAUCCAUCCUUCGAUGGAGUCGUCGAUUUUUGUUGAUUUGGAUCAAAAUGAAGCCGUGUUGAAUUCGUGGAGGUCAUUGAGUAUGUUCUACGAGGCAUUUGUUGGGAUGGCUAGUUCCAUAUGGACACUACAUAAGCUGUCACAUGCCUUUGAUCCUGCUGUUGAGAUCUUUCAAGUGGAAAGCGGUGCGGAAUUCUCCAUGGUAUAUAUGGAUGAUGUUACAAAGAGGUUAACCUGGCCAAAUAAGGGAAGGGCAAAGGUGGGUUUAACUGUUUUUCCUGGUUUUAGAAUUGGGAAAGUAGUUAUUCAAUCGCAGGUUUACGUAAACAGUUUCAGUUUGACAGAGUAG